AUGCCGGAGUUUGACGCCCAGGGCCUGGUGGAUCGUCCAGGGCGCCGAAACCCCGGGACCAUACAAAUCCCCAGGGUGGAUGAAGAGGCAGGCAGCAGACAGCAGGCCGACGGUAGGGACACCACAGACAGCAUGCAGCCGCCCAAGGAACCCGUAGGAGGCCAAAGGCAGCUGGAGGAGCUGAGGCUAGCCCCUGCUCUGGGGCCGAGCACGCCCGUUUCGGAGCCGAGCGUGCCAGCAGGCCCAGAGCCGAGGGCACCGGCCAGCCCUGAGCCAAGGGCCCCGGCCGGUCCCGAGCAGCCAGCGCUGAUUGAACCCACCUCGAGCACUCCAAGGACGGAGCGAGUGGCCGCGGGGGAGGUGGUCGCGCUAAGGGCGAUGCUAGCGCAGCAGCCAUCGAGGACCCCGAGUGCCUCUGCAGAGAGGGCUCGCAGGGGGCCCAGCCCCCGGCCACCUUCUGGCCAGGCUCCGGAACCCCUCCCGGAGGUGUUGGGAAGUGCCCGGGAGGUCAUCGGGCGGCUUGAAGUGGCCGUGGCGGCGGAACGGGCCGAGCUCGACAAGGAGCUCACCGCCCUGGUUGAAGAGUGGAGGCAGCUGAAAGAGUCAAAGCGCAAGGUGGCCGAGGAGCGGGAAGCGCUGGAGGAGACGCGUGACGAGGCUGUCGCCGUGCAGGAGAAGGCCAGCUGCAUGGAGCGGCUCAUGAUCGAGCGCGACCAAGCAUCCUGGAGGCGGGUCGCGGAGCUGCUUGCUUGGGAGCGGCAGCUGCUGUCUCGGGAGGAGGCGGCCGACAAACGGGAGGAGGCUGUGCGUUCUGCCCAGGCGAACUUGGCCCGCGAGAACAACGAGCUUGAGCACAGUCGCGCCGAUGUUCUCUGUCGGCAAGAGCAGGUCGAGCUGUGUGAGACCGAUGUCGAGAUAACGACGGUGGCCCUUGAUGCCCGAGAGGAGCAGAUCAUGCGGCGUGAGGAGGAUGCUGCCUCGGUAUCGUCGGCUCUCACCGCCCGGGAGGAGCUGGUCACCAAGCGGGAGGCUGAGUGGCCGCCCGAGAGCAGGCCGUUGUGGCCCGGGCCGAGCAGCUGCAUCGAGCUCAAGCCGAGACCCCGUCCACGAGGGGCGUCCCUACCGGCGUAG